GACGUCACGCGAGCGACGCGGCGCACUGUGGAGGAAUGCGAGGCAACUUUUUCCGCUUUCUUCCCCGCUCGGUCCCUCGACGACGCGCGGACGUUUUCUCCGCGGGCCGGCGGCUCGCUCGACCAGUUGCCGCCCCGGGACAGCGGGACUUGAGUUCGGCGCGGCAUCGAUGGCCCGGGAUUUCUCUCGGGUUCCGGUUGAAAGCCAGCUGGCGCGCGCUUGCGGGCAGGAGGCCGAGAUGGCGUCGGCGUUCCCCGCGGAGCCCUUUCCGCUGAUGGACGACGUCCGCGGCUCGCCGGCCCCUCAGCUGGUGAUGCUGGCCAACGUGGCGGCCGUGGCGGCGGCCGACGGCGCCGAGGGCGGCGCGGCGGACGACAAAGAGAUGGUGGAGCUGAAGACGGUGGCGUGCGGCUACUCGGACAGCGAGGACGACGGCGUCGCCAGGUACGGCGACGAGAGCCGCGACGAGAGCCGCGACGGCGACGCGGUCGCCUUCUCCCGGUCUCCGCUCGUCUGCAACGGGCAAAAUGGCGGAGGGGAGGCCGGCGGCGAAGUCCCGCCCCCGAACUCCAGCGGGCCCCGCCCGCCCGCGGUGCCGGCGGAGGGCGGCAAGAAGAAGAAGCCUUUCCACUGCAAGCCGUGUCACUUUCAGGCUCACGGCGAGGAGGAGUUUGUGGAGCACCUGCGGACGCACGCGCUCAGCAAGAUGGCGGUGGUGCAGCGCGUGGAGGGCCGCAGCAAGGCCAAGGCCAAGGAGGCGGAGGCGGCCCCGGACGGCGAGGGCGAGGCGGCCUCGGGGGACGCCAAAGGCCUGAUCCGCUGCGAGCGCUGCGGUUACAACACCAACCGCUACGACCACUACGUGGCGCACCUCAAGCACCACAGCAAGGAGGGCGACGACCACAGGGUCUUCAAGUGCACCUUGUGCGCCUACAGCACCGUCAGUCAGUACCAUUGGAGGAAGCACCUGCGCAAUCACUUUCCCAGCAAACUGCACACGUGCGCGCAGUGUUCCUAUUUUUCCGACCGCAAGAGCAACUACAUCCAGCACAUCCGCACGCACACGGGUGUGCGUCCGUUCCGGUGCCCGUACUGCGACUACUCCAGCUCCCAGAAGACGCAUCUGACCAGGCACAUGCGCACGCACUCGGGUGAGCGGCCGUUCAAGUGCGACAGCUGCAACUACCUGGCCGCCAACCAGCACGAGGUGACCCGCCACGCCCGGCAGGUCCACAACGGCCCCAAACCGCUGGCGUGCCCCUACUGCGAGUACAAGACGGCCGACCGCAGCAACUUCAAGAAGCACGUGGAGCUGCACCUCAACCCCCGCCAGUUCCUCUGCCCGCUGUGCAAGUACGCCGCCUCCAAGAAGUGCAACCUGCAGUACCACAUCAAAUCUCGCCACUCGGGCUGCGACGUCACCGUCGACGUCUCCAAGGUCAAGCUGAGAGUGAAAAAACCCGAGCGGCCCGCCCGAGCCGACCCGUCGCGGGCCGGGGGGGGCUCGGACGGCCCGGGGCUCGGCGGGGAGCCGCUUCCACGGACGGGAAGGGGAGGAGAUGCCCGGGAAACGCCGCGGCUCGGCGGACAACGCCGCGCGGGAAACCAGACAAAAGAAGAGCGGGGACAACCCGCAGGACGCCAAGGCCAAGAGAAGAGGCAAGAAGGCCACGGGCGACGGGCCGCCGCCAAAGGGCGAGCCGGAAGGGCCCGCGACGGCCGGCCGGCGGGGGAACCCUCCUCCGCGCCGCCGGCGCCGCUUCCCGGCCAGCGCGGCAAAGCCUCCGAGCCCGACGACGACGAAGGCGUCCACAGCAGCCACGAAGGAGGCGACGGCGACGUCAGCGACGGCGCCUCGGAGGGCAGCGACGACUCCGGACUCAACGGGAACGGCGCCGGCGUGGGCAAAACUUCGGAGACGCCCCCCCGUCAAGCCGGAGCUCCCGCCGAGCUCAAAGGUCACACGUGCAUAUUCUGCGACCGCCAUUUCCCCGCGGAGCCCGAAUACCGCCGCCACCUCCACCGCCACCUUGUCAACGUGUACUACAUGAACGCCGCGGCGCCGGCGAGCGACUAG